AUGGGAAACUUUUCCCAAGCAGACAUUGACAAGUACCCGUUUCUGGAAAAUCACACGAUCGAAGAUUAUUGGCUCGACAGAGGAUUUACCUACGAAAAUUUAGCGCCGAUCUAUGCAGCAACGACUAAUUUUUGCUUUCUAACAAUGAUUGGGGUUAUUCUCCUGUACAUUUUGACAUGGUGGACUCGGCGAAGAAUGAGCUUGCUGAAGCGUCUUGGCGACGAACCCAUGAAUUGCUGGGAAAAAUUUUCUCAGGACUGCAAGCUUGGACAAGAACCCUCAAUGAAUUUCAUCUCAUCGACCUUGAUCAACAACGACCGGGCCUUCGUUCUUAUCCGAGUGGUUAUCGCCAUCUGGUCACUCACUCUGACUUUGAACGGUUGGGAGGGACAGCGAUCCCUGUACUUUGGAUCGUAUUUCCCCAUGGCCGCCUGUUUGACCCUGUACAUAAAUUUCCAAAGAGCAAGAAUCGUCGAAGGCUUCGGCAAGUUCACCCACUUUUUGAACAAAGUCCUGUCAUUCCUUUUCAACUGCCAGGGAGCCUUACGUCUGGUCGUUUCCAUUUCUUGGUGGACUCAGUGGCUCGGCAUUUGCCGAUAUCGAGAUAUGACCAGACCUCUUCACAUUUCUGCGUUCUGGCUCACCAGCAAAGAAUAUUCUCCGACAGUUUUCAUGCUUGUUGAGUUGCUUUGGUUCGACACUAAAGUCCCGAUUCAUGGUAUCUUUCAUCCCUUGAUCGCCGGAGCUUGGGGAACGGUGCAAAUUUUGAUUCAAAGAACAGAUCCUCCACCUCAAGGUCUUGGCUCUCUUGAACGAAGCCCGGAGAGCUUGAUAGUCGUCGCAUGGGGAUUUCAACUUGGUAUUGCUGUUAUUCAUGUGCUUCUUGCUACUUUUUGCGUCACUAAAAUUUGGGUUUUCAAGAAGAUUCCUGUCAUUGGUGAGAGAUAUCGAAAUCGAGAGGCUUGCAUUAAAAUCUUCCACAAACGACACGAGUUGAACAAACAUCUCCCACCAAGCAUGAUGCAAAAGAGAAAGACUUCAGUUGCGAAGAAUUAUUCCAACUUUGGUCGCCAAACGCAUGUCAGAGCAUCAAUCGCCCGAAAAAGUACAAGAGUUGUGUCACAAUAA